AGUCCCUGAAGAUGGCGGGUAGCAGGAGGCUAGCGAUGCGGUUGCUUGCUGGGUGCGGCUGGGUGCGCGGCUCCGACUCUGCCGUGAUGAGCCGCCUGCGUGAUGAGGCCGUGGUGCAUCCGGGCUUCCUGAGCCAAGAGGAGGAGGACACGCUAACACGCGAACUGGAGCCUCAGCUGCGGCGCCGGCGCUACGAGUAUGACCACUGGGACGCUGCCAUCCACGGAUUCAGGGAGACAGAGAAAUCCUGCUGGUCUGAGGCAAGCCAGGCCAUCCUGCAGCGGGUCCGGGCGGCUGCCUUCGGUCCUGACCAGAGCCUGCUCUCCCCGGUCCAUGUGUUGGACCUGGAACCUCGGGGCUACAUCAAACCUCAUGUUGACAGUGUCAAGUUCUGUGGAUCUACCAUUGCUGGCCUUUCCCUGUUGUCGCCAAGUGUUAUGAAGCUGGUGCAUACACAGGAACCUGCGCAGUGGCUGGAACUGUUGCUGGAGCCAGGGUCUCUCUAUAUCUUAAGGGGUUCAGCCCGAUAUGACUUCUCCCAUGAGAUCCUUAAAGAUGAAGAAUCAUUUUUCGGGGAGCACCGGGUCCCCCGGGGCCGACGCAUCUCAGUGAUUUGCCGCUCCCUCCCUGAGGGGAUGGGGCCAGAAAGGCCAGAAGAGCCACCUCCAACCUGCUGACCUCUCCACAUAUCCUCCAGCUUUGUGAAUAAAAUGAGAGCUCAUCUGCCACAGAAGCCUCUUGAAGAUCGAGGACCCAGGCAAGGCUCGGGUGCAAGGACAGGAGCAGCAGACACAUGAUCCAAAGUCUUCCUGCAGCCAUUGUGACAGCGGGUCCCUGGAUGCCGAGAGACCUUGGUGCCCUGAAUUUAUUCCCUGCCUGUCCUGGGGAUUAAAAUCACUGCCAGCAUCAUG